GGCAUGGGUACCAGAUGUCAAACCUAGUGUUUUCUUCAAAAGUUGGUUCAUUUUUUAGCCCAAAUUUAAUGUUAUUUACACCCGAUCGCCAUGGCAGAACGAAUUGAGAGAAGUUCACCUCAAGAAGACAGUUCUUCAUCCACUAAGAACGACUUAAAUGAAUCCCCAAAUCCUCAAAACGGCGAAGAAAAUGAUGUCGAAGAACAGUUACUUCAGGAUGUGGUGGAGGUAGAUUCUCAUCCUGACUGCCCUGUCUGCUUACAGCCAGCUUCUUACCCUGUAAAGCUUCCUUGCGGCCAUAUUUUCUGUUUUCUUUGUAUCAAAGGAGUGGCUCUUCGUAGCCGUAAAUGCGCUAUAUGUCGACAAGCUAUCGCUGCUGACUUCCUAGACAAACCUACUCUUGUUAAAGUGUCUACCAAAACUGAGUUGCCGUCAGAAACAAGCUGUCAAGAUGAAACAGAGAAUGAUUACUUAUGGUACUAUGAAGGCAGGAAUGGAUGGUGGCAAUACGAUGACAAAACAUCCAGAGAAGUUGAGGCUGCUUUUAAAAACGGAAAACGCUCUUGUACUCUACUUAUUGCUGGCUUUUUAUAUUUAAUUGAUUUUGAAAAUAUGUUUCAAAUGCGGCGAAAUGAGCCAGGAAGACGAAGAAGGAUUAAGAGAGACAAACGAGAUGUUGAUAGUAAAGGUGUUGCAGGAAUAAGACUGCAACCUUCAAAACCAACAACAUCUAACAAACAGGACACAUCUCUUUCCUCCCCUUCCAGCACGACUAGUGACAAUCCUGAAAGAAAUGACAAUGAAAUAAGUGCUGAAAGGGUUGCGAACCAGAAUUGUGAAACAACCCGCCCUGAUACUAGUGAUGGUGCAUCAUUCUUGUCUGAUGAUCAGGGGGGUGCUUCAAGCACUUCUGGUGCAAAAGACUCGGGAUCCCCAAGCAGGGAUGUUGAUUCGGUAAUUACAAGUUUUGAGUCAACAUCUUUGAGAUAAUACAGGUUGGAAGCCUGGUUCACACUAGUGACACAAGCAUAAGCAUAACAACAAACRCAAGUGCAGAUAGUACUUAACUGGGUGUUUUACUAACUUGGAAAGACUAUCUGAGCUUGGAUAGUGCAUGCUGUUAUGCUUUUGUUUGCAUUGCCAGUGAAGCCUUAUAYAUAGGACAGUGUCAACAAAUUUGAUAUCAUUGGGUGUCUGUGUUAACUUCCCUAAUCUAGAAUCGAAUGCCAUUUUGCAUGGUCAUCCAAGCCACAGUGAAGGCCCUAGUUAUUUGCAGAUUUAUUUUAUAGACCAAAGCUUCUUCAAAUCAGAUAUUCUAWAGAUAUUUUAAGAUYCUGAGUGUUGGUCUGGCCUUGGCUCUUCCUGCACAACAGUCUGGUGUYCAGCAGAAUCAACUGGGUGGUGCUUACAAGAUCAUCCUUGUUUCAUGAUAACAAUUACCACAAUAUAAAUGCUAGUUUUGUUUCUUUCAGAAAUGAUCCCAGAAUCUAGGUUCUACUGGGAUGUAGAGCCAGUGAAAGGGUGUCAGCACCUACUGCUCAAAAUUGGUAGUUUGCAGUCUUAACCAAUUCAAGUAAAUAACAUAACCAACAAGUAUAACUGCCAUGUUGGUUGGUAUGAAAAGAAAGCAGUAACAAAGUAUUUUUCAUUCACCAACAUGGAGCUGGUAGUCAUGAAAAUCAUUAAUGUGAUUGAAUGUUUGAAAGGUUGUAAAUAAAAUAUAUUGUCAUAAGAUUCAUAGCUAGUUCAUGUUCGUGUUUCAAAAGUACACUGCAAUACAUACAUAAAUAUAUUAUAUAUAUAUGCAUACACAGAAUCCCUAGAACUUUGACAAUAAUAUUUAGCGAUGUAUACUUAAUAUAUACAUAUAUGUGUAUAUAUAUUGCUAUAUUGUCAAAGUUUUAGGGAUUUAGUGUAUAUUAUGCUGGAAAUCUAGUAGCUAAGUAUAAAAGAUAAUUCUCAGACUAUUUAUGUCAACCCUCCCCUGAGGUCCAGAGAUUAUUUAUUUAUUCUCACUUAGGUUUGCACACUAAAACUGCCCAAAGUGAAAUAGAAUCUCUGGAGUCCAUAUCGUAUGUCAAUUCUAUAUUAUCAUCAACUUAGUUUUWUUUUUGUACAUAGAGGAAAUACUUCAUUUCAAAUACUUUAUCAAUUAYUGAUUCAAAUUAUUUUAUUUAAUACAUGUAGCUGCUGUUCGUAGAAAAAAUGUGAUUUUAUUAAUAAAUUUUAAGUUCAGUUUG